UUUUUUUUUGUUCCCUUGCACAUUAUUGAAAUCCAUGUGUUGUGUCCCUUUUAUGUGAAUCUUUAUUGUGAUGGCAAUGUACAUUGCACUUGAUACUUACUCUUUUGCCUUUAGUCCAUAUUCAUGGUUUUACCCAUUAUUAAUUUAUCGAUAUUUGUGGUUUUUAACCCGGAAAAACUGCGAUCUUGAAUGUCAUGCCUCUGUUUCUAUUUAUCUCCUAAUUAGUGCAAUUCACAAUUAAAUAGGGUUUUUUUUUUUCUGGACCACAUAGCUUGCAAUUUUAAAACUGAAUCUGGGUUUGCUUUCUCUAAAAUUAAUUGUUUUGAUUGUGCAUUCAAUUUAUUGUUUUGUUGUUGUUAGUUGCUUCUAGCUUUAUAUUGUGCAGUUUGGUUGGCUGCUAGCUUUCUGGUCUUAAUUAGAACUGUUAUUACCAGUUGUUGUUUGUUAGUUUGUUAGAUUAUUACAAUUUGGUUGGGUGCCUUUUUGUUUGGUUCGUAUUUAGAGCUUGGCUUUUCUCAGUUUGUGGGGUUUAAGCAUUUGACUCAAACUAAGCUUAUUUAUGAGGACAUCAUUCUAUUUAUGAUCUUCAGCGGUUUAUAGUUUUUAUUUUGAUUUUAGUUAAGGAAGAAGGGGAAAAAGCAAAGAAAAGAGACAUUCUUUAUUGGCUUUGUUUUAAAUCAUUUAUGGGUGAAGUCUCCACCAUUUACAGAGUUUGUGAUUUCUUCUUUUCUUCUUCAUCUUUUUCUCUUUUUUUUAUAAAAAAAUAUUUUUUAAAAGAAUUAUUGUAGAUUUAUUUAUAAUUGGCUGUUCCAAUAUUGAUUGAUCUUUUUCUUGUAUCAGGGGGUGGUUGUUGCUUACUCAAUUUAAUUCAAGAUGGGAACCUCAAAUUUACACUUGGAUGAUUGGCAUAUGUAUUUUAUUGACCAAAUGAAACUUUACUAUAUUCACCCAGCUCAGAAUCUCUUGCAAUUCUAAAAUGAUUCUGGCUGGAAUGGCUGAAAAUGGUACUUCAUUUGUUAAAGUACAGAAGAACUUGCAGGGUUUUAUGACUGUUCUAAAAUUUGCAGCUUGUGAAUUGCUUCUGAAUUUUUUGCUGCUUCUUGAUGCUAUAUUCUCAUAUCUGCUGACGAAAUUUGCACGCCACUGCAAGCUGCAAAUACCUUGCAUUUUGUGUUCCAGGCUUGAUCAUUUAUUGGGCAAUGAAAAACCAGGCUUUUAUCGCAAUCUACUGUGCAGCAACCAUAGAUCAGAAAUAUCAUCCUUGUUUUCAUGUUGUAUUCAUGGCAAGCUCGCAGAUGGCCGUGGCAUGUGUGAGGAAUGUCUCUUGUCAUUUGCCAUGAAAACCAAAUCAAACCCAGAAAUGCACAGGCUACUGGUGGGUAAAUUUGGGUACGAUCUUAGCGCUUAUGGUUCCCAAAGUUCAUUGCCGAACAGGGAAAUUGUUUCUGGUUCUAUGGGUGUGCGGUUGUGCUCAUGUUGCAAUAAGCCUUGGAGAUCAAGACCAAAUGUUGACAAACUACUUCUGCUAAAAUCACUGAGGAGUGAGAAGACAAUGCCUACUAUUCCUUUGUCACGUUGUUUGACUCACCACGAGGGCUUAAAGAAAAUGAGGGAGAGAUUUUCUGGGUCAGCAACACCCUGCAGUCUUAGGAAAACUGUUUUUGACCCCUUGUCUCAUGUAGGAUACAUGAAGCUAAAAUUGGCUUCUGAUUCUGAGUCAGAAUUCCCUUUCUAUUCUGAUGAUGAGGGUAGUAGUAUUGUUCCUGAAAUAAAAGAGCCCAAGGAAGAAUCUAAAUUUCAGCAUGCUAGAGAAAUUUUACCUAAAACACCGACAAAUUGUGUGGCCCCAGAUAAGCUGAUGUAUAAUUCCUAUAAACCACAGAUGCAGCCUGAUGUCAGAAAGCCCCAGGAUGUGAAAUGUUUUCAGUCUGAUUCUGACAUAGAUCGUGGUCUUGGUGAGCUUAACUGGCAGCAAGCUGAUCAGAAAACCUAUCCUUCUAUACCUGAGCUUAUUUCACUUGAUGAUUUUCCUCCUUUGUCCAAUGGGAUGGAAGCCUCUGCAGCAGUGUCAACAGAGAAGUGUGAGCUCAAGUUUCCUCUAUCAGAAAAAUCGAAUCCUUCUGCACUAUCUGAGCUCAUGUCUCUUGUUGAUUCUCCCUCAUCAUUCAAUGUUGUUGAAGGUCCUUUUGAAGCACUACAAUGGAAGUUUGGCACUGGAAAAGACAACAUUAGAAAUAUUUCCAUAAACAAGCAUGGGGAAAUUUUGAAGUCAGUAGCUGCAACAGCAGGAAGAAAUGUUAAAAAUGAUCAGGUUGUUAAUGAAGUGCCUUACAUAAAUCCAACUUACAUGAAUCAGGGUUAUGUGUGCAAGUUCAUAGUAAGCAGUAAGGAAGAAGAAGCAUCUGGUUUUGUGGAAAAAGAACCCACUCUGAAAGAACCUGAAAGAGUUAAUGAAGACAAAAGGUUGUUGCCAAUAGAAAAUACUUCUGCUCAAGGGCUUGGUUUAUCUUCAGACAAGACAAUCCCCAGCACUCAGGUUCAUGAUGAUGAAUUGCAGAUAAAUGAAGCUUCUAGCUCCGAUGUAGUUCAGAUGCUUCAGGACACAGCCCCAAUAGAGAGAACUGAAUCUUCUGGUCUUGAAUCUCUUGAUGCAACAUCUGUCAGUGAGAUUGAAGGUGAAAAUAUUGUUGAUCGAUUAAAGCGACAAGUUGAGUUUGAUAGAAGGUGCAUAAAUGCUUUGUAUAAGGAAUUAGAUGAAGAAAGAAAUGCUGCUGCAAUUGCAGCAAAUCAGGCAAUGGCCAUGAUCACAAGGUUGCAGGAAGAAAAGGCAUCACUCCAUAUGGAGGCCUUGCAUUACUUGAGAAUGAUGGAAGAGCAAGCAGAGUAUGACGUAGAAGCACUAGAAAAGGCUAAUAAUCUCUUGGCCGAAAAGGAGAAAGACAUUCAAGAUUUGGAAGCAGAUUUAGAGUUUUUCAGGUUAAAUUUCCCAGAUGAGCCAGUGGAGACCAUAGCAGAGGGAACCUGUGGAAUGAAGGGGGAAAAUCCAAAUUCAGAAAAUACUAGCAUAAGCUUUGCAAAAUAUGAUGUCAAUAUUCCUCCUAGCUCAAUCUUUAUGGAGGUGUCAAAUGACCAGGAAAAUUCUAUUGAUGUGAGGCCUUUGUGGUCAGAAUUUGAAGAUGAGAAGUUAUUCCUUUCAAAAUGUUUGAAGGAUUUGGGGAGGAAAUUUUGUCAAUUCUCUCAGCAGGAGGCUUUGACGUACAUUUCUGAUGGUCACUCUGAAGAAACAGUAGAGAGAGGAGUUAACAAGGGAGAGUCUCUUGAAAAGCAGGAGACUCAAAUAAAUGGUGAGACGAAAGAGAAUAGUUCAUCACUGCAAAAGGAUAUAGCUGUGUCUAAUGGAAGCCUUCCUGCCCAUGAAAAGUCCAAUGCUCAAAAUGAUGAAGAUCAAAUUGCAGGGAAUGAAAGAAAUCAUCCUGUUUCCAGUGGACAAAAAUUCUCCAAGCAGUGUAAAAAAAUUGAUUUGUUCACUCUUGAAAAUGAAAUCUCAGACCUCAAUGAAAGGCUGGAAGCACUUGAGAGUGAUUGGAACUUCCUUGUGCAUACUUUUAACUCUCUUCAAACUGGAAAAGAGGGACUGAAUUAUGUCAAAGAAAUAGCUCAGGAGCUACAAGAACUGCGAAAAACUAUGACAAGGAACAGGCGCCAAUUUAUUCCUUGAGAAUACAGCCGUUAUUGUGAGGUUAGCUUAUUGACUAUGAAAAUUAAUUGGUCUGACAUCUGCACUUGCAGAAAUCAAACAUUUCAUAUGUGCAUUUCGCUGUUGUAAUGUCCUGUCAUUUCCACUUGAACAUAAUUCCACAGAACAGCCAGUCUCGGGGUGAAAAGCGAAUUUGUGUGAGAGUGUGAGAAAGAGCUAGCUUUCUUAAUAUCUUUUGUCCAUUUAGCCUCAUUAGUCUUCAAGGAAGUCAGCUCAAGAUCCUUAGGAAGAUCAAGUUAACUGAUAAGAAAAGCUAUCAAUAAUGACACCAUUAUUUGGUAUGGAAAUUGAACAGCAAGUCCUUUAACAUUAUAUAUAUUCUGCAGAACACUCACAAACAUCAUGCAUCCUUCUAGCAAUCUACAAUAUUGAAAUUGUCAAUUGUCUUGAUCAGCAUGACAGAAAAGGGUGCUAAAGUAAUGGUUUCCACAUCAUUAAUAUGGUUUUUGGUGAAUAGCUUUUGUUGAUUGUUGUGUACUGUGCUAAAGCAAUGGUUUCCUGAGUCAUGAAUGUGAAUAGCUUCCAGGUUAAACAGUGCUAACGCCUGAAUUUGUAGGAUGUGAUUUAAGUAGGGUUGGUAAUUGUAAAAGAGAAUGGUGAAUAUGGCUGGAAAACAAUCUUGAGGAACUUCUUUUAUAUCCUGGAUUAGUAAUUUUUUUUCCUUUUC